AUGGCAGCCCCUCAAACAAGUGCUACAACGACCCCUGUCGCCAUCAUCGGCGCUGGCCCUUGUGGCUUGACUUUCGCACGGCUGCUCCAAACAAAGAACAUCGACUACGUUGUAUUCGAGAAUGAUUCAGAUGCAUCCCUGACUCCCUUGUAUCAGGGCGUGGGAGAGGGGCGGGAUGCCCCGGAGAUCGACCGCUUUCAGCUGCGCCAACUCCUUCUCGAGUCGAUUCCUGCCGACAGAAUUCACGGGGGCCAUGGAAUUACUCCUGUCAAGCCUGAGUACUCGGGAAAGAUGUUUCUGGAGGGUCGAAUCUCCUACAGCAACCCAAGUUAUACAAGCGUACUGGAACUUUCAGGGCCUGGUAGCAUGAUGGCCUUAGGCCAGGGCCGCGCCCUCAUGAUCCAACAAGUAGCAGAUCGAUCAUACCGAGUUUACAUGGGCUUGGAGGGCCCCGAGGAUUUGAUACGAACAAGCUUCGAUGUGGGCGAUAUUGAGGCUACGAAGGAGAAGCUUCUGUCUUCGGAAGAGUUCUACAGGGAUUUCGCUCCCAACUUGCGCCAGUUCAUCGCUGAUGCUGAAGGACCUUUUCGACCGUGGAUUCUUCACCGCAUGCCUUUCUCCUCUCUGUCUUGGUCUCGUGUGCCUGGAGUCACGCUUCUGGGAGAUGCUGCACAUGUCUCAACACCUUUUGUUGGGGAAGGUGUGAAUAUGGCCAUGCAUGAUGCUCUCAAACUGGCGCAGAGUAUCGAAAAGCAUUGCUGUGGCCCGAAAUGCAAUCUCUUCGAAGAUUCUGAUAAGAUUGAGCAGCCUCUGAAAGAAUACGAGACAGAAAUGUUUGAUCGUGCUCAAGAUUUCAUCAGGCGCUGCAUGCUUAGCGAAGACAUGUUUUUCGCUGAUAAUGGAGCUCAACUUUUUAUGACGCCAUCGCUGAUGCUGUUGAAAAAAUGA